AUGUGCUUGCCUAAAUCUGCUGGAGGGUAUAAUCUGCUGAAUAUCAGAGUUUGGAAUAGAGUUACUAUCACUAAUGCAGACUGGGAUCUAGCACAGAAGAAAGACAAAAUGUGGAUAAAAUGGAUCCACACGUAUUACAUAAAAGGGCAAAGCAUAUUGGAGAUGAAUCUACCCCAACAGGCAAGUUGGAUGGUGAGAAAGAUUAUCGAGGCAAAAGAGAUGAUUCAACAAAAGCCAACAGUACAAUACAGGCAUAGCAGUACCAAGCAAAUAUACUUAGGCAUUCUGGGAAGCUAUAGCAAGGUGGCAUGGAGAAACUUAAUGUUCCGUAAUGAAGCUAGGCCCAAGGCAAUAUCCACCAUGUGGAUGCAAUGUCAUGGGAGACUGCUGACAACAGAUAGUUUUACUAAAACAGUAUGGGAAAGGCUUAUGCAAUGGAUACGAAUUCAUGUUACUCCAAUGAAAUCCUAUGAACAGAUGAUGGCAUGGGUGAUAACACAAGCUAAGGGGAAAUCGUGUAAAGCCAAAAUAAUGAAAAUGGUAUAUGGAGAACACAUCUAUGGGAUAUGGAGGGAGAGGAACAGUAGAAUAUUUGAAGAGGCAACGAGGACUGCAGAUCAAAUAGCAAGAGAAGUGGCAUGUGUUUGCAAUAUUAGAGCUCAAGGAGGAAUGCGGGCACAAAUGCAGCAGCUUAUAUUUUGA